AUGAGCGUGCACGUGGACACCAACAAGAACGUCAAUUGGAUGGACUCCCGCGGCUUCUGGACGUUUUACAUCCUGCUCCUGGCGUCGCUGUACAUGGCCAUGCCCAUUGUUUUUCCUUCACACGGUGACGCCCUCACGGCAAUGAACGCGAUUCAUGGCGCGAUCUCGUUUGGGAUCAUGCACUGGAUCAAAGGCUCGCCCGAUGACAAUUCAAUGGGCGACUACCGCGAACUGACGUUCUACGAGCAGAUUGACCAGGGACACCCCUGGACGAACACGAAGAAGUUCCUCAUGAUGAUCCCCACGUUUUUGUUCCUGGCCGCCUCGGUGGCGACGGACUAUGACAUGCGUCAUUUGCUCAUCAAUUUUCCCAUCUGGGCGACGCUCAUUCUGGCCAAGCUGCCUGAACUCGACCGUGUCCGGAUCUUUGGCAUUAACUCUACGGUCGGCAUUGACGAUCACAAGAAGAACUGA